AUGGGUACACAUAGGAAGUUGCAAUUACAAGAAUUAGAAGCCAUAAGGAAUGAUGCCUAUGAAAAUAUGAUGAUUUAUAAUGGAAAGACUAAGGCAUUCCAUGACAGGAGGCUUCAGCCUAAGGAGUUCAAGGUGGGACAAAGAGUGCUUCUCUACCACUGUAGACUUCGUUUAUUUCUUCGUAAGCUUCGUUCUCGCUGGCUUGGUCCUUAUAUUGUUACUAAUGUUUAUGAUUAUGGUGUAGUGGAGAUCAAGAGCAAAGCUACAGAAAAAAUGUUCAAAGUUAAUGGCCAUCGUUUGAAACCUUACUAUGAAAAAUUCCAAGAGCAAAAAGUGAUGAAGUCAUAUUGGAGGUUUCUUCCUAUGAGGAGCUGA